AUGUCAUCAGUAUCAUUUUUUGAACAAUUGACAAGCAGUGUGUCAAUUUCUAUUGUGUCCAUUAUUUCAGUGGUCACUUUAGUUGUUAUAUUACUUUUUACAAUUGCUAGUCGAUUUUUCUUUUCUUCAACAACAAAAUCAAGUUCUUCUACAAAACAAUCUUCAAAUAAAGAUAAGAAAAACAAAGAAGUCAAUACAAAAAAACAACAAUCACAGGCGGAUACAACAUCAACUACAAAGAAGAAGAAUAAUAAUAAAACAAAAAAGAAUGCAACUGUUACAUCACCACCACCACCGCCGGUUAAAACUGCUGUUUCAUCAUCAUCAACACCAACAACUUCACAAUCAGAAGAAAGUGAAAAUGAAAAAGUCGAUCUUGUAACAUCAACAAAAAAGCCAAUAAAAUCAAACAAAACAUCAACCGAUAAAAAAACAGCUACUCCUAAUGAAAACAACAAAUCUACUAAUGCAAUGAAUGGAACUAAAACGUCAUCAUCAUCAAAACAACAACAAAAAACACCGGUACGUAAUGAAAAUAUGGAUGAAAUGCAAAGUGGUGAUAGUAAAAAGAAACAAACAAAAACUGUUGAAACAUCUGUACCUAACAAACAACAAACAACAAAGAAAGAUAAUACGACCAAUAAAGCCAAUGCGACAACUUCAAAUAAGAAACAACCAGUAGUUAAUAAUCCUGAAGUUGUUAUACGACCAUCGGUUAAUGAUACAGUUGAUAGUGAUCAUGAAGAUGAAGGUCAAUGGCUUACACAAAGCAAUAAACAAAUUAGCAAUCGUAAUCGUAAUAAACCAAAACCUGAAACAUCAAAUCAACAAACAUCACCAUCAUUAAAUCGUAAGACAACAACAGAAAAACGAACAACAAUACCAACUAAUAAUACAUCAUCAUCAUUAACAAAUAAAAAUGAAUCUGAUGUUGAAACAACAACAUCAAAUACACCUAUUACACCAUCACCACCAAAACAAGAACCAAUUGAAAUUUGUCAAUUAUUACCAACAACUGAAAAUCGUUAUACAGCUAAUGAUGAUUGGUGGAAACAAGCAUUAAAUAAACAACAAACAUUUUCUAUUGAUGAUAUUGGUGAAUGGCCUGAACGUGAACAAGAUGAACAAUAUAUUGUUCAAGUUAAACGUAUUAUACCAAAUAAAACAGCAUUAAGUGAAAAAGAUAUUAAUAUUGAUGAAAAUGAUUCAAUUAAUAAUUAUAAAGAUGAAAAAGAUGAUGAAAAAUUAAAUUUUAAUGAACAGGUUAAUGCAUCAUCGGCUGUCACAGGUGAAUCUACCACAACAUCACAGUCGAAAAAGAAAGCAACAAAUGUACGUUGA